AUGCAUCAAGGACGAAAUAGCCCUCCACCACCCUAUACUGAGAAACGCCAAUCAUUCAACAGUGAUGACAGCAGCUUACGUUACAGUGAGAGCAGCAGCACCAAGGGUGAUGAUGGCAUGUUUUAUUAUCACCAACAACAGCCAUGCGGCUUGACAGCCCAUCAAGAUCCAACGAAUCCAUUUGCAUUUACACCGGGACAGCUUGAACGACUUGUUGAAAAGAGAGAUGUCAAUUUACUAUCCAUGUUGGGCGGGGUGGAAGGAGUAGCUCGGGGGUUACAUUCACACAUCAUCCAUGGCCUCACUCCUGAGCACGAGAAAUACCAACUACGACCUGUGUCUCUUUACAAUAUUGCACGUAUGGCUAUGAAUGAUGAAGUUCGUAGUCAAAAGAGCGACGAAGACAAUGAGGACGACAUUGAAGAUGACAUUGUGGGAUAUAGCUUAUCCGAUGUAUCCGAAGAACAAAAGCAUGGCCCCUUCUUUCAAAGAUUGGCUGUCUAUGGUUCCAAUGUCCUUCCACGUGUCCAACACAAGAGUUUAUUGACCUUAAUGUGGGAAGCUAUGCAGGAUAAAACAUUGAUUCUCCUUACAAUAUCAGCUGCUAUUUCACUAUCAGUGGGAUUAUAUGAAGAUUUGACUACGGUGGAAUAUGACAGCAGCGGCAACCGAAUACCAGCUGUUAAAUGGGUGGAAGGAGUUUCCAUCAUUGUAGCGGUUCUUCUCGUCGUUCUCGUUGGCAGCAUCAAUGAUUACCAAAAGGAAAAGCAGUUCCAGCGCCUCAAUGCGAAAAAGCAAGAUAGGAAACUCAAUGCCAUUCGCUCAUCGCAGAACGUGCAAAUCUCUUUGAAUGAUAUCCAAGUGGGCGACGUAUUGCAUGUUGGACCUGGCGACAUUCUUGCAGCUGAUGGAGUCUUGAUCAAGGGAACGCAUGUCGUAAAGUGCGAUGAGUCUGCAGCGACUGGUGAAUCGGAUGCUGUACGCAAAGCGAGUCUGCAUGAUUGUCUUUUAAACGGAGACGCACCAUCAGGUGACGAGGGUGCCCUUGAUAACAGCUCGAGCCAUCCAGAUCCAUUCCUUAUUUCAGGUGCCAAGGUCCUCGAAGGUGAAUGCACGUAUUUGGUGACAGCAGUGGGCGCACAAUCAAUCCAUGGCAAGACCUUGAUGGCAUUACGCACCAAGGAUGAAUGCACUCCUUUACAAGAAAAGUUGGAUCGAUUGGCAGGCAACAUUGCCAAAUUAGGUGUCUCAGCUGCUGGUGUCCUCUUUAUCAUCUUGCUUGUGCGUUGCGUCCUUUCUUUUGCUACGGCUCAUUAUCCAAUCUCAACAUCCGAUGUCAUAUCACAGCUUAUGCGUAUUCUCAUCACCACUGUAACAACCGUUGUCGUCGCUGUUCCUGAAGGUCUUCCUCUGGCAGUAACGCUUGCACUUGCUUAUGCAACACAACGCAUGCUCAAGGACAACAAUUUGGUGCGUGUUUUGGCAGCAUGUGAGACGAUGGGCAAUGCCACCACCAUUUGCUCUGAUAAGACUGGCACUUUGACACAAAACAAGAUGGCCGUGGUUGCUGGUACAUUUGGAUCAUCAUUCAGAUUUCUCAAAGAUUCUCCCUCGUCACGUGGUGAUUUGAUUGAUCUCGAAGCCGUUCACUUUCGAUUACCUCUUCCUGUACGCAACUUUCUCAACCAAGCCAUGAUCAUCAAUUCAAGUGUAAUGACGACCACGGAUGAAUCUGGAAAGACAACACUGGUGGGCAACAAAACGGAGACAGCCAUGCUCAACUUUGCUCAAGAAAGUAUGGCAUGCGAGCCUGUGGAACAGCUACGAUCAUGGUGGCCUGUGGAAUUUGUUUAUCCAUUCAAUUCAACACGCAAGUGCAUGGCUACAGUGGUACGCAUUACUACUUUGGAUGAGAACACCAAGAGGGAGAAGACUAUCUAUCGAUUGCAUGUCAAAGGUGCUUCAGAGAUGUUGCUCAACUCCGCUACCCAUAUUGUAUCGAUGCAUGCAGCUUCCUAUGAUCGUUUUCAAGGUGUUCAACAUGGCAACAGCUACGACAUUGAAACACGUAUUAUGACGGAUGCCAAUCGUACGCGUAUGAGCAAGAUCAUUCAGAGCUAUGCAACACGAUGCCUUCGAACAAUAGCCUUGUGUUAUCGAGACUUUGACAGCUGGUCACCUGAACAGGAUAUUGAAGAUGUCUUGGCAGAAGGUGGAUUGACGUUACUUGGUAUUGUUGGUAUCGAGGAUCCUUUACGUUCAGGCGUGAAAUCGGCUGUGGCAGCAUGUCAACAAGCGGGCGUAUGCGUGCGGAUGGUGACUGGCGAUAACAUGUUGACAGCCAAAAGCAUUGCCCGGCAAUGUGGUAUUUAUACUCCUGGUGGAAAGGCUCUUGAUGGACCCACAUUUCGACAACUUUCUCCAAUCGAACGAUUACGUGUGCUUCCCGGAUUACAAGUGCUUGCAAGAUCGAGUCCUGAAGAUAAGCGUCUCCUGGUACAAGGUUUACGUGAACUUGGUGAUACCGUGGCGGUGACGGGUGAUGGAACCAAUGAUGCACCAGCACUGAAGGCUGCCGAUGUUGGAUUUUCAAUGGGUGUUUCAGGCACUGAGGUUGCCAAAGAGGCGUCAAGUAUUAUUCUUAUGGACGACAACUUUUCGAGUAUCGUACGAGCCAUUUCAUGGGGACGUUGCGUCAAUGAUGCAGUCAAGAAAUUUCUGCAGUUUCAGCUCACGGUCAACGUUACUGCUGUCGUUCUCACGCUUGUGUCAGCUGUUACUAGUGAUGAUCAACAAUCGGUGCUUACAGCUGUUCAAUUAUUAUGGGUCAAUCUUAUCAUGGAUACGCUCGCUGCUCUUGCAUUGGCUACUGAUCCUCCAACACCAUCAUUGCUUAAACGCCGUCCUGAACCACGUACAGCACCAUUGAUUACUCGAUCCAUGUGGAAGAUGAUUGUGGGCCAAGCCAUUUACCAAAUCAUCGUCAUCCUCACGCUCAUGUACACAAACAUUCUCAACCUCAAUGAUGACAAGGAUACUCUGGCAACUAUGGUGUUUACUGCAUUUGUGUUUUGCCAAUUCUUCAACGAGAUCAACUGCCGACGCAUAGACAACCAAUUCAACGUAUUCAAAGGGAUCACCAAAAACAAGUUCUUUGUUGGGAUUUUUUUGAUCACGAUCAUCGGCCAGAUUCUGAUUGUCCAAUUUGGUGGUUCGGCGUUCCAGACCGUGCCUCUUCACAUGAAGGAUUGGGUGCUUUGCAUACUUGUUGGUUUGAUGUCUCUCCCCGUGGGCGCUCUUAUUCGUUUGAUCCCGGAUGAAAUACUUGAAUCAGCUCAUCCUUCACCACUCUCCUCAACUGCUUCAGUGAUCAAUCACACGUACAUCGUUCCUAUCCCUGAUGAUAGCAGCUCUCAAUCAAAGAGGAAAAGUCUACGUUGGUGA